AUGGUCACAGACACAAGAACCAAUGUUCUCGAUUUGGUUGGUAAUACGCCACUCAUCGAGUUGAAAAAAUUACCAAAAGCUUAUGGCAUUAGACCUCGUGUUUUCGCCAAACUGGAGCUGUACAACCCAGGUGGAUCUAUCAAAGAUCGUAUAGCAUUGUCUAUGAUCGAGCAUGCAGAAUCAACUGGCCAAAUUCAUCCUGACAGAACGACUUUGAUCGAACCAACAUCUGGAAAUACUGGGAUCGGUCUUGCCUUGAUUGGUGCUAUCAAAGGUUACAGGACGAUCAUCACGCUCCCUGAAAAGAUGUCCAAUGAAAAAGUGUCUGUUUUGAAGGCGCUGGGGGCGGAGAUUAUUCGUACUCCAACAGCUGCUGCGUGGGAUUCACCUGAGUCUCACAUUGGUGUUGCCAAGAGAUUAGAAAAGGAGAUUGAAGGCGCUGUUAUACUUGAUCAAUACAACAAUCCAAUGAACCCAGAGGCUCAUUAUGUGGGUACUGGUAAGGAAAUUCAAGAACAAUUAGAAAAAUUGAGUAAGUUUGGACAACUUAAAGCCGUUGUUGCUGGCGCUGGUACCGGUGGUACCAUAUCUGGUAUCUCCAAAUGGCUGAAAGAACAACGUAACGACAUUGUUAUCGUUGGUGCUGAUCCCAAAGGAUCCAUUCUUGCCCAGCCCGAAUCACUAAAUGAAAGUAGUCAACCGGAAUACAAGGUUGAAGGUAUCGGUUACGAUUUUGUACCAGAUGUAUUAGAUAGGUCUUUGGUUGAUGUAUGGUACAAGACUGAUGACAAACCUGCUUUCAAAUAUGCGCGUCAAUUGAUCUCCAACGAAGGUGUGCUAAUCGGUGGAUCUUCCGGAAGUGCUUUCACUGCACUUGUGGAGUAUUCAAAGGACCAUCCAGAGUUAACGGAAGAAGAUAUUUUGGUGGUUGUUUUUCCAGACUCUAUCAGAUCGUACUUGACAAAGUUUGUUGAUGACGAAUGGUUAAAAAAGAACGACCUAUGGGAUGACGAAGUUCUGGCUAAAGUCAAUGCAAAAAAUGAAUCGCCUGUAGCCAAAAAGGAUCCGUUUGAUGGCGCCACAGUUAAAGAUUUACACUUAAAGCCAGUUGUUUCCGUAAAGGAGUCUGCAACCGUUUCAGAAGCUAUCAAAAUUUUAAAGGACAAUGCAUUUGAUCAAUUGCCCGUUUUAACAGAAGAUGGUAAAUUAUGUGGUCUGGUAACAUUAUCUCAGCUACUGAGAAAAGUAUCCAAGGGAGUCUCCAAGGAUGACGAAUUGAAGGGAAUAUAUUUCAACUUUAGAAAAUUAAAUCAUUGUAAUGAGGUUUCCUCAUAUAACGACAACAAGUCAGGCAAAAAGAAGUUUGUUCAAUUCAAUGAGAAUACAAGAUUAUCUGAGCUGAAUAAGUUUUUCGAAAAAAAUUCUUCAGCAAUUAUUACCGAUGAUAUGAGACCAACCCAUAUUGUUACUAAAAUCGACUUAUUAAGUAUUUUGCUCGAUACUUGGAAGAACUAA